AUGUUCCCAAGGCUAUUGUGCGCAAUUGUGCUUGCAGUCGGUGUUGCUGCAGAGGAUGGAGACGACUUUGCGAACAAUCUGUUAUCAGACCUGGCACCCUUGCUCGCUCUAUUCGGAGAACGCGUCACUAUGCAAUUCAUGAGCCAGUCCUUGGGCUGGGCCGAUAACAUCAUUCUAGCAAUGGUCCCGCUUGGAAUCAUUACAAUCAUUUCUAGCGCUAUCCGAGUCGGAGGACCUUCAUUUCUCAAAGCUCUUAUCGGCAGGGCUAGAGAAAAUCUUGCCAUUGCCGAACAAGAGCUCAUGUCGUCGACUUCAAAAGAGGUCUGUGAGCUUUGGAAUGGCCAUGAAGUAGUGAGAUGUAUGGGGUCGUGUCCAGUUUCGGAAUUCAUUUGUUUGCUUCCGGGCCCUCCAAUUGUUUGGAAUGGAGACGUUACAGUGAUGAAAUUUGAUGAGGUCUUGGAAAAGCAUUUCUUGGAAAGAGGUCGGUUAUUUCUUUCAUUCCCUACAUUUUCUACCUCUACUCAAGUUGGCGAACUUAAUCUCACUCUCUUGCUAGAGGAAAAAACGUGGAAAGACAUGUACAAACGUAUCCGUAAUGCUAUAUCACCGAACUCGCCUAAAGGUCAGAAGGAAGUGAUCAAAAUCGAAUCAAAGCCAAAGAAACCGUUAGCAUCCAUCAUCAUUACGCGCAAUCCAGGCAUAGACGCUCCAAAUGUCUCUCUCAACUCGCAUAGUCAUACGAGCAGAGCUGAAUUGCGCAUGGUGGCUGUCUUGGGAAUUAUUUUCCAGCUGGGAGUUCUUAUCUUCUCGGGAUGUGCUGUGUAUCACCCAACUCUCGAAGUCAGACUUCAGAAAGAUGGGAAUCCUGUCGCCAGAUAUGCAUUCCCAUGCAAUGCGAUAGGUACAGUUCUGCUGGUAGUUGGCAUGCUCCUAUGUGCCCACGUUGUGGAGAGCAGCACUAGCGAGAAGACAUUUCGGCCGUCAAACAACCUGAAGGCGCAACUGGUCUGGCUACAGCAGAAAAAAACAGUGAAUGACCAGGUCUUUGACUCCUUUGCAAUUUACGCAAAGACUAAACGAGCCUCCAUAACAACGUCGAGGCGAUGGAGUGAAGAUAAGACUACACAGGACCAGAGCGAUAAGCUAUCCGUGGGAGUACUGGACCAGCAGCCACCAAGUCAGCCGCCAGCAUCAACGGCCACCUCUUCUCCAGAUGUCACACGACUGCCUCAUCCACAGGGAGACGUCCUAGAGAUGAAGACCAUACUUGGAACGACUAUCGGCCUAUGUGGAUUCAUUGUGCAGUUUGUAGGUUUGCGUGGACUACAUUGGUCAGCAUCAAUUGUUCAACUUGGUGUAGUUCUUUUGAUGACGGGGCUGAGGGCUUGGGUACGUCGUGGGCUUGCUAAGCCUCCGUGUUGCCAGCAUAUCUUGUCAGAAUUCGAAUUGGACUGGUUCGCGACGACGUUCGCAGAUGCUAAGAAAGCCCCGUGGUGGCCUGAUGUGCAGAACAAAGAAAACAAGAGAUGGUCACUUGACCGUUUAGAAGCAACCGACACUGGCUUUGGUAACAUUAGUGAGCCACCGCAGAGUGAGCUUCCACAUCUGCAUGCACACCGCGUGAUGAAGAUUAGGAGAGAUCUAGCCCAGCUGGCAUCCUGGCAUGGGCCUGUUUCUGCAGAGGCCAUCUCUAUUGCACGAUCAAUUGAGGUGACGAUGGACUUUUUCUUCCGUGACACGGAAGAAUUGAAUUAUACCUGGGCUCUCAAUUCUCCAACCCACGACCUUGUUGUUCUCCGUUUGCAUCGAGAAAAUGGAAAGUGGCAAGCGUAUGCUGAUGAGCUUGAAGCGGCUUUGUCGCUGUGGCUUUUUUCUGUCGACAAGGCUGAGAAUGAUGACGAACUUGAUCAUUUGAACAAAUCGCCUAUAGGAGAUGCACAAGACGACAAGUGGCUGCGCGCUAAAGGGUUAUCUGCGAAGAAUAGCCUACGUAUUCUUGGCUCGUAUAGUCAAAGUCUUCAUCGGGACCUCUGGUGGUGGAUACCUCACGAGACAACUAGAAUCAUCAGUCUGACAGAGGUCGGGGAUACUACAGACCUAGCUCAACCACUGAGUGUGCGAACGCACAGAAUCGUCGGGUCUGGGAGAAUUUCUCGGCACACAGGUAAGGAGACUAGAUACGGGAUCAAGGAACUACCGGAAAUCAAUUUCAACUCAAAGUCAUCCAGAAACAGUGAUGAAAAAGGCGAGAACGACAACACAACAAUCACCACAACAGAGGAUGAAGACAGCCAAAAGCGAUUAGCUGUUGAGUUCAAUGGACCCUUGAGAUCAUUGUUUGCACAAGACAUCUUUUCCAGCUUUUGGGUGUCCGCAGCAAAAACUCUAACAGAGUCAUCUUUCACCGAGCCUGCGGAGAUAUAUUCCAAUCACACUACGUCCAAUGAACCAUGGCGAUCAUUCUCUUCAUCAAUUUCUCUAAGAAACGAGCAGUUCACAAAGUUGGCCAGAACCAUUCAGAGCACUGGACUUGGCAGCCUAGACGACAUUUACCUCAGCAUGAUCCCACCACUCAGCGCAGCAAACAAGCUCCCACCAGUAUCACACGUCAUUGACUUGGCAAGACACCACGCCGAACCCCACGAGUACCAGCAACGCUGGAACGAAGCCAGCUACGUGUACCUGUGGCUCUUCAGUGUGGCAAAGACAUUUCCUGCAGACAGUGAAUUUGCUACUCAGGCUAUAGCCGUAGUGGUGGAAUUUCUACGACAAGUCAGCUCAGCACUGGAUUUUUGCGAAAGAUUAGCUCUGGAACCUGAGUUGGAUAUUUAUCCUAACCAAAGGAGAUGGGAAAACAAGGGAGAUAUCAACACGAAAGAUGUUCUCGGCUGGACGCCUCUGCAUUACGCGGGACUACCAUCUCCAUCGGGCACGGUGCUGGCACCAUACCUGCGCGUCUUUCCUCUCGGAAUGAGCGAACUAGAAGUGAACUCCCAGGAUUUGCUUGGAUGGACACCACUUCACUACGCAUGUGGUACGAAGAAACCCGCCGUUUCUUUCAUACGAGAGCUCGUACGAUCGGGUGCAGACAUCAAUAUACAAGGCAGGGAUGGAGUAGCGCCAAUUCACUGCGCCGCAAUGAAUGGAAAUUUGGAGGUGGUGAACUUACUGGCCGAGUCAGGCGCAAAUAUUGACAUUCAAGACGCCUCGGGGAAAACACCCCUUCUUUGGGCUUGUAUCAGCAGAAACCGAGGCACCGUUGAAUAUCUGUUGAAAAAUGCCAACACAAAGCUUCGAGAUGGCGACGGCAGAACAGCUCUGCACUUGGCAGCGACGUUCGCCGAUGAUAAGACGGUAUCAUGGCUACUCGAACAUGGUGCUGAUGCGCUGGCUGUGGAUCGAGAAGUGAUGGCCCCGCUGCAUUGCGCUGCUGAGUGUGGGCAUUUGGAGAUUGUCCAACUUUUGUGCCAGGUGGGCAAAGCUGAUGUAAACGCAAAGGACGGCUACCAAACGACGCCAUUACAUUAUGCCGUCCUAGGCGGUCACGAACCAGUUGUAAGAUGGCUUGUCAGAGAAUCAGAGGCUGAUUUAAAUGCCAAAAACUGGAGGGAUAUGAUGCCAUUACAUUAUGCUGCCCUAUGCGGUCACGAAGCAAUUGUGAAAUGCCUUAUCAAAGAAGCAGGGGCUGAUGCGGAGGCCCGAGGAGGUGAAGAGAAGGGAACGGCCAUAUAUUUCGCUGUCAGGGGACGCCACGAAAGCAUUGUGCAGUUCUUGAUCGAUCAAAAAGUCAACAUCGAGGCUAAUAGCAUCCUGGAAGAGCCUGUGCUGCACCUGGCCGUACGCAGGAGGGCACUAGGAAUCGCAAAGCUGCUUUUGGACGCAGGAGCAAGAGAGUACCGGAAUUAUAAAGGGCAGACAGCGCUCGACCUUGCGGGUGAGGAGAGGGAUGCUUUUACAAAACUAUUUGCACCAUACCACUCCACAGGGUAA